CAAACUUUGUGAUAGUCUGGUACCAUAGUGGAGAAGUGUAGUGCUGAACAAAUUACAUGCCAAACCCUGGCCUCGUGUGUUCAGGAACCGUACCUAUCUACACAAAGUAGUUGAUACAUGUAAUUAACUUGCGGUGAACGAUGUAAUAUAGGUAAGUGAUCAAAAUGACAUCUCAACCGGUUGUGAUACGCAUAGCGAAUCAGUAUGGAGAGAACGUCGACUGGACAGUUCAGUCGCCACACGUAUCGUUUCAGGAUGUUUUGGAUGUUAUAGCACAAGUGUUGCAGAAUGGUGCCACAACAGCAUUUGAAUAUGAGGAUGAAGAUGGUGAUCGUAUCACCGUACGAAGCAAUGAUGAGAUGCAGGCCAUGAUGGCAUAUUACAUGUCUGUCGUAAUGGAGAAUGAGUCUGCUAAUGUGAUGGCACCUCCGCUAGUCAUAUACCCAAGGGUCAUAAAGUCGGGACGGAGAAACAUUCACGGGUUAACGGUCAACACGAAUCCCCCUGGCAAUGUACCGAAAGGAGCAGACAGUGGAAUCAGUCUUCACUAUGGGAGGCAAGAUGCUGAGUUGCGUGAAAUCAUGUCUUCUGGGAAGAUAUCACAAGCUGAUAUUCAGCAUUUAGAAGUUCUUGGUCAAGGCCACAGUGGAACAGUGUACAAAGCAAGGCAUAUAGCUACCAACAACAUAAUGGCAGUCAAGGUCAUUUCUGUCGAUAUCACGCCAGAUGUUCAAAAGCAGAUUCUCUCAGAACUCCAAAUACUGUAUAAGUGUGAUUCCCCUUUUAUCAUUGGCUUCUAUGGGACCUUCUUCACAGAGAACAGGAUAUCAAUAUGUACAGAGUUUAUGGAUGGUGGUUCGUUAGAGAUGUACAGAUGUAUUCCUGAGGAUCUACUGGGAAGAAUUACUGUAUCUGUUGUUAAAGGAUUAACCUACCUCUGGAGUUUGAAGAUCAUGCAUAGAGAUGUCAAGCCUUCCAAUAUUCUGGUCAACACUCAAGGUGACAUCAAGCUAUGUGACUUUGGUGUUAGUGCUCAACUCGUCAACUCUAUUACAAAGACAUAUGUUGGAACUAAUGCAUACAUGGCACCUGAGAGAGUGAAGGGAGACCAGUAUGGCGUGCAUUCAGAGGUUUGGAGUCUGGGGGUAUUUCUACUUGAGAUGGCAAUGGGCAGAUUUCCAUACCCGGUUACGCCAAGAGAACAUGAACUAUCGCCAAUUGACUUGCUGCAGUGCAUUGUACAUGAGGCGCCUCCAUCAUUACCCAGGGAUAGAUUUUCAGAACCAUUUGUGGAUUUUGUAGCCCAGUGCAUGCAGAAGAAUCCCAUAGACCGGCCCACACCCGAAGCUCUACUGCACCACGCCUUCAUCAGGACGUACGACGACGGUAACAAGCAGAUCAUCGCCGAGUGGGUCUACAGGAACCUGCAGGAGAUCAGACUGAUGGGUGCAGCAGCAGGGGGUGGGGGGAUGUGAGGCUGGCUCCUCCCCACCCCCCAAGGGAACUGGUGACCUCAUUGAACGGAUUUUAUUUAUCUGGUGACCGGGGUCCACGCUUCUGUGUGCGCCUGGCACGUGGGCAUGAAAUGCACGGACAUUGUUUAUGGCAAGGGGGGAGGGGCUGCCUGGGGAGGGGCUGCCUGAGGACAAGUUUCUCCCCCCCAAAAAAUCCAAAAUAUCAACCCUCCCCCCAAGAAGUGUCAUUCUUUUUCUACAGUAAUUAAACAACAAAAGGAGUAUAGAAAACCACUGGAGGAGUGUAGAUGUCUAGUUUUAAGUAGAUGGUAUAAUUCUCUUCCCGCUAUUGAUUUCUAAAAAUAUGAAUAAAAAAGGGGAAAGAGAGCCCCCAAGCACGAAAUCAAGUCCAGUUCCCCAGCCCCUCCCCAGCCCCUCCCCCCCCCCCUUCCCCAGACUGGCUGGCCAGUCGGUACCCUGAACAGAUUGGAGAAAAUUAAUUUUGGAUGCAAGAUUUGUACCCCCCCCCUCAAAAUGGUUGUGCCCACCCUGCCCCUCUCUUUCCCUACCCCCACCCCCACUAAAAAAAUCCUGGCUACGCCACUGGUAAUUGACCUACCCACAAUGUCGUGUAACGUCUACAUUUCCCUUUCAAGAUCAAAGGGAUUAAGAGGUCACUGUAAAUCCGAGGGAACACAGUCUGAAACUUGAUAGGCAUCCCUUCCCUUCCUAGAGCAACUAAGGGUAUAUGCAACGGUGCCUGAAUCUGAUCUUCUUGAUGUUUACGUUAAAAAAGG